AAUCCGCCGAGUUCAGUGUAAAUGUGGCUUGGAAAAUCGAAGAUACAGAUCGUGGGAUCACAAAUAUUGACAGAUACGCGCUGCUGGUAUUUAUCGUUUAUCGAUAAGAAGUAAUUAGAGAGAAGCAAAAAUGUCUUGUUUGAGAGUUGUCUACGUUUCGUUUUUGCUGGUCGUGCUGAAUUUCGGAGAUGCAGAAGCAGGACCCAUGGAGCCAGCCCUGGCCAGGUACCUGAAAGGGGGCACCAACGAACAGAAUGACUGGAGACUCAUUCUUUCCUCCAUCGAAUCAAGACUCAACAGCCUGGACCACUUGUAUACCAGUCAGCUCACACCCACAUUGGAAGCGAGAUUGGAACAUUUUCAGCAACGGAUCAGCGGCAUGGAGGUCAAACUGCUCAGAGUAGAGGCUCUGCUAACCUCCAAACUAGACAGAAUGUCCGACAAUAUCAGCAGCAGACACUUCAGAGACGACAUGGUUCAAACGGACAUGUUCAGGAAGAUAGAAACCGCAUACGAUGGAAUAACACAUAGGCUGGCAUACAUGGACAGAAAGUCGGAAAAUGCCUUCUUGAAAUUGCAGGAGAAGUCCGAAACUUUCUCUAAGAAGAUGGAAUCCAUGAAUAAUGCUCUAACAGACAAAUACGAUUCGAUUGAAUCCCAGUUGACAGAUAUAGUAGAUGGGAUGGAGGACAUAAAUAAGUCUUUUCACAGUUCAGGUACUAAGCCAACAAAGUACCCUGAUAAAAAAGAAAAUAUUACCCAGCAAAUGCAAUCUGAAACUCAAGAUAAAUUGAGAAGUAAUCCACUGCAAGAGUUUAUUAAGGAAGUGAAAAUAAUGUGUGGAAAUUCAAGUGAAAAUCUAAAACUCUUAAGGGAAGAAUUCAAUGAUUUCAGACAAAGUAAUUCAACAGAAAAAUCAUUCAACAGUUUUUCAGAUCAUUUGGAAAGGCUGCUAAAUGAAUAUGCCAGUAAAGUUUCGGACUUAGGUGCCCAAGGAACCAAAUCUGAUUUUAAAACAGCCUCCCAUUUGAGUACAAUAGAGAAGGUUGUCAAUUCUUCUAAAGCUGAAAUGCAAAAUGGUAUGAGGGCACUUAUGGUCCAAGUUGGAAAGUUAUCUCGUAAGGACGAUACCCAAUAUGAAGUGAUAGACCAAAAGCUUCUAUCAGAUGUGGCUCAAAAGUUAGACACCAAUUUUGAGAAAGUAAUAUCCACUCAAAACACAUUCAUGGAAAGUUGCCAUCGUUUGCAAAUGGAUGAAUCUCAACUAGAGGGCCAAAUAAGUGAUAUCCUCAAUAAACUGAUCGACAAUUUUGAAGCAACGACAAGGGAACAUCAUCAUGUACUGAGGAAAAUAGAAGGACGAUUAGUGAAACACGACAUCCACACCAAAAAAGAACUGCAUCAAGCUAAUGCUAACAUCAAGACAGCUUAUGAACAAUAUAAAAAGGAAUCUGAGGAGAUACAAGAAAAACAUAAACAAACAGCAGAUAAUUUGGAAGCACUAUUUGCAUUGGUCCAGAAUGUUAUAGGUAAUGACAAUGGUGUCAUCAGGAAGAGAAUAACAAAAGAAAAGGAACUCAUAGAUUACAUUCAAUCACUAGAAAGGGCUCUUAAUUCCACAAAACUCCAGCAAAUGGAAAUAUUGGAAUCAUACAAAUUAACGAUUGAAACAUUAAUGGUGCCCCUCAACCAAACAAAACAAGAAGACACACAUUUCACCAAUGACAUAAUGAAGAAUUUAACCCAAAGUAUGUCGCUUCUCAAAGAACGAAUGGAGAAUAAUAAAAAUACCACUUUGGAUAUACUGAAUACUGUUGAUAAGACAUAUAAUAUGGUAAAAAAGAAUAGUGAGAAUCUUAUCAGAAUUACAGAUGCAAAGUAUCAUCAAGACAUAAACAACAGAAGUAAAUCAAGAGAGGCAAUAACCAAACAAGACAGAAACAACAGAAAAAUUCCAAGUCCAACAAAAUCAACGAAUAACACUGAUAUUGAUUCUUUGAUCAGAGAAAUAUUUUUCAUUAAUAGAACUGACACCACAACUUCAAGCACAACACAAAAUCCAUCGCUUGAUGUAGAUAUAGAUGUAAGAUUCAACCUAGAAGAAGAUUCAAAUAAUACAAAACCUACUAAAAAAUUUCAAAACGCCAAUGCAUCAAAUGAGAAUACCAAUGAAACAGAUACAACUAACUGUCUAGAAAUUCCUAUAGAUCCUAGGUUUAACCAUGUUCAAUCAGGAAAUGAUACCAAAAACCUCUGUGGGGACAAAAACCAAGAUACAAAAUCAAUUGAAAAAUUGGAAGAACAUUUAAACAUAACAGAAAAUUUUACUACUGAAAGAAUUUAAAACAAGCAAUUAUUCCUUCUUCGCAAAUCACACAUAGACCAAAAUACAUGUGAUAUUGACAACCUAUAAUAACUGAAGUUUAUAUAAGUAAAAAAUAUUUUUUAUAUUAAUGUGAAAAAUUUCACAAUAAAAAAAGAAAUUAA